UGCAGACAAACAAUACUUGUUCCCUGUCCUCUGGCCCUUUGCAAAUAAAUGCCUUACCCCACCUGCCUUGCCACCCCACUUGCAGCCACCCAGCAAGAGCAGCAUGUCAGCCAGCCAGAGCUUUGCGGUUGCAAUCUGCAUUUUAAAAAUCAGCAUCCUCACAGCAAACGUCACUCCCAGUUAUGGCCCAGAGCCAUCAGAAAGCAGUGACUCUAUAUCACGGAUAGACUGCAGAAUGAGCCCCUGGAGUGAAUGGUCACAAUGCGAUCCCUGCCUCAAACAAAUGUUUCGUUCAAGGAGCAUUGAGGCCUUUGGACAAUAUAAUGGGAGGCGGUGCACCGACGCUGUGGGAGACAGGCGACAGUGUGUGCCUACAGAGCCCUGUGAGGAUGCUGAGGAUGACUGUGGCGAUGACUUCCAAUGCAAUACAGGCAGAUGCAUAAAGAGACGACUUCUGUGUAAUGGUGACAAUGACUGCGGAGACUUUUCAGAUGAGGAUGAGUGUGAAGGUGAUCCCCGUACUCCCUGCAGAGACAGAGUGGUAGAGGAGUCUGAGCUGGCACGAACAGCAGGCUAUGGGAUCAACAUUUUAGGGAUGGAUCCCCUAAGCACACCUUUCGACAAUGAGUUCUACAAUGGAAUGUGUUCCCGGGAUCGAGAUGGAAACACAUUGACAUACUACCGAAGACCCUGGAACGUGGCUUCUUUGAUCUAUGAAACCAAAGGCGAGAAAAAUUUCAGAACCGAACAUUAUGAGGAACAAAUUGAAGCAUUUAAAAGUGUUAUCCAAGAUAAGAUAACAAAUUUUGAUGCAAAGAUAACUCUAAAAUUUACACCCACUGAAGUAACAAAAGUUCAAAUGAAAGCACCUUGUGAGGGAACAUGCCGCCAAGAUUCUUUACAAGGCCAGGGUGGUUUUCGGUUUUCAUAUUCCAAAAAUGAAACUUACCAACUAUUUUUGUCGUAUUCUUCAAAGAAGGAAAAAAUAUUUCUGCAUGUGAAAGGAGAAGUUCAUCUGGGAAGAUUUGUAAUGAGAAAUCGUGAUGUUGUGCUCACAACAACAUUUGUGGAUGAUCUAAAAGCUUUGCCAACUACCUAUGAAAAGGGAGAAUAUUUUGCCUUUUUGGAAACCUAUGGAACCCACUACAGUAGCUCUGGAUCUCUAGGAGGAUUCUAUGAACUAGUAUAUGUUUUGGAUAAAGCUGCUAUGAACCGGAAAGGUGUCGAACUAAAAGAUAUAAAGAAAUGCCUUGGGUAUCAUCUGGAUAUAUCUGUAGGUUUCUCUGGAAUCUCUGUUGGAGGUGAACUUAAUAAAAAUGAUUGUAUAAAGAGGGGAGAUGGUAGAAGUGUAAACAUCACCAGUGAACAACUCAUAGAUGAUGUUAUUUCAUUCAUACGAGGUGGAACCAGUAAAUAUGCAUUUGAACUGAAAGAAAAGCUUCUCCGAGGAACCAUGGUUGAUGUUGCUGACUUUGUCAACUGGGCCUCUUCCAUAAACGAUGCUCCUGCUCUCAUUAGUCAAAAACUGUCUCCUAUAUAUAAUCUGAUUCCAGUGAAAAUGAAUAAUGCACACGUAAAGAAACAAAACUUAGAAAGAGCUAUUGAAGACUAUAUCGAUGAAUUUAGUGCAAGAAAAUGCCACUCAUGCCAAAAUGGAGGUACAGUGAUUCUAAUUGAUGGAAAGUGUGUAUGUACCUGCCCAUUCAAAUUUGAGGGAACUGCCUGUGAAAUCAGUAAACAAAAAAUUCCUGAAGAAUUGCCAGCCCUAGCCUUCCCUCAGAAAGAAUAGAGCUGUUGGCUUCUCUCAGCUCCAGUGGAAGACAAGAACACCAGGACCUUCCAAUUUCAAAUCCUGCCCCCGAAGAUAGUCUUUGUGGCAAGUAAAUAGCAACAGGCUUCAUGAAAAUCCUACCAAUCUCUGAAAUCUCCACUUUCUUAGGUCUAUAAUUUUUUUUUAAUUUUUCUUCUUUAAAAUCCUAUGAUUUUCCAUUUUUUUAUUCCCUAAUGAGGAGUCAAUAGUGAAAUAUGCCAGAACUGCUUUCUCCCACAGGCAAUGCCAACCUCUUCUAACAAAACAAAAUUAAAUUGAAAACAGAAUAUUGGUUUAAAAGACUUCAAAG